AUGCAAUGGGGUCAUGUGCCGGCAUGUGCGAGCAGGUGGGCGUACGCGGAGCCCGGCUGGGCGCGCAUCGCGGCGCUGGCGCCGGUCGUGCUGCGCUGCGCGGAGGAGGGAGACAGCGUGGCCUUCCGCAUCGUCACCGGGGCGGCCAACGAAGCCGUGCGCGCAGCCGUCACCGUGGCCGAGCGCAGCCGCCUCAAGGGCCACCGCUUCAAGCUGGUGCUCUCAGGCGGCCUGCUGUCGGAGGACUCGCCCUUCCUGGACGUGGUGAGGGAGGGGCUGAAGCUGGCGCUGCCGUCGGCAGAGGCGGUGCAUCCGCGCGUGCAGCCGGCGCACGGCGCGGCGCUGCUGCUGCAGGACCGGCUGUUCGGCGGCGUUUCCAUGGCCGGAGGGAACGGCCUCGCAGACGGGGCCGGGGCUAGCGGCCUGUUCAGGACGCCUGAUCGGCCUCGGCACCACCACCACCGCAGGACGCCCAGCAGCCAAGGCGGGGGCACUGCAGGACCGGCAGCUGCUGACAGCUAUUUCUAA